UGCAGGGCCGAUGAGCCAUAGCUGAAGUGACCGCCGGAGGAGGCAGUCCGCCAUAGCGGACCUCGAGGUGGAAGAAGACGCCGCGCACCUGCAACAAGAAGACACGACGAAGAAGAUAGAAGAAGAGAUGGCUAGAGAGAAGGAGAGGAUACAGAAACAGGAGGAAGCAAAGUUGAAGGAGGUGGAAGAAGAAGAGGAGGAAGAUGAUCAGCCACUGGAGAGGAGAAGAGAACAGCGAGGGCAGUACAGUGGCAGCAAAGAUGAUGAGAUGGAGAAGCGGAUCUCAGAGUGGGUCGCCAGCUUGUCCCUGGGAGAAGAAGAAGAGGUAGCCAUGUAUAUCCCCAAGGACGAGCAGGAAGCCGCUAUGAAGGAGUGGGAAGCAGAAAGGGAUGCUGUGAGGCGGCAGGCAAUGGAGGAUGAAACGAGGAUGGAGUGGAAGCUGAGAGUGAUGAGGGAAAAGAAGAGGAAAGUGGACGCGGCGAUUGACGCGGUCAAAGACCUAGGGGAGAUGCAACAACUAACCCUGAGGUUGACCCCUCAGGUAGACCUUGAGAAAAAGGUAGAACUCAUUGCCCAGACUGUCGAGCGCUUAGCCCAGAUACAAGAACAACAGUACGAUUUUAGUCGAAGUCAGGACAUGGCUGUGCGCUCCAUACGAAUGGGGUUUCGGGACUUUGCUCGCGAAUUGGUAGGAGCGAUAGGAUCCGAGGCGUACUUUCACCUAGAGAAGAAUGGGAAAGUGGAGAAGGUCCUCCACUCCCUGACUCUCCUCGUAGAAGACAACCUCCCAUUUGAUAUUGUCCUGGGAAUGGAUUGGGGAGAGGCAGCCGAGGCCACACUCCAUUUGAAGGAGCACGAGUGUAGGCUCCCUAGUUCCUCAGGCGAGGCCGAGACUGCCCGCCUGUUCCAUGUGUCAGGAGUAGAGAAUUCCUUGGCACAUUGCUGUCUUAGUGCUCCUGCGUUCACCAGGUUGGUGAAAAAGGAGAAAUUGGAGGAACAGGUUUUUGUUGCCUAUGUUAGGCUAGUGACUGAGCCUACGGAAGAAAAGUCGAUGGACCCUACAAUUGCCAAGCUGCUGGAGGAGUUCAAGGAUUUAACUGAGCCGCCGAUAGGAGUAGUACUGCGGCCCAUCCAGCACCGUAUUGAGAUCGAGCCUGACAGUGGAACUCCUAAGGGCGCUGUGUAUAGGAUGUCCCCACGGGAAUUAGAGGAGCUUCGCAAGCAGUUAGACGAGCUCCUCGAGAAGGGUUGGAUUAGGCCCAGUUCGUCUCUGUUUGGAGCGCCUGUUCUCUUUGUCCCUAAGAAAGAGGGAGAGCUGAGGAUGUGCAUAGACUAUAGGGGUCUGAAUGCUAUUACAGUAAAAAACGCUGAGCCACUGCCUAGGAUAGACGAUCUCUUAGAUCGAGUGCAGGGGGCGAAGUAUUUUUCUAAGAUAGAUUUGAAGUUCGGAUAUCAUCAGAUAGAGGUGCAUCCUGAUGAUCAGUAUAAGACAGCCUUCCGGACUAGAUAUGGGCACUAUGAGUUCAUAGUGAUGCCCUUUGGACUAACCAAUGCGCCGGCUACGUUCCAGCGAUGUAUGAACGAUUUGUGUAGGCCGUGGUUAGACAGAUUUGUUGUAGUUUAUCUAGAUGACAUUCUAGUAUUUAGUAGGACCCUCGAAGAGCAUCAGGGUCAUCUCAGGCAGGUCUUGGAGAAGUUGAGGGAAGCUAACUUCAAGAUCAAUGCAAAGAAGUGCGAUUGGGCAAAAACCCAAGUUUUGUACUUAGGCCACGUCUUAGACAGAGACGGCGUUAAGCCAGAAGAUAGCAAGAUCGAAGCGAUUAGAGAUCAGGGUCAUCUCAGGCAGGUCUUGGAGAAGCUGAGGGAAGCUAACUCUUUUUUGCAACGCGAGGAAUGGGAUAACAUGGUGAAGGUGUUGAUGAACGCCCACGAGUCCUUCAGGUACGCGAAGUACGAGAAGGCAAGGACCACUCGUGUGGAGGCCACGAAGGGGAGGGUUACAGCAAGGGUGGAGGAACUGCGGCGGCAGUGGCCUUCCACCGUUUGUAUGUUGCAAUUGGACGGUUGGACAGAUCGCCGCUCGAGGCCACACAUCAACGUUAUGGUCUCGUUCCCAAAAGGCGCGAUCUUUUGGAGGAGUGUGUGCAUGAGUAAUCGAGAGAACGGGGUGACAUCCUACUACGAGAUACUGAAGAGGGCGAUCAAGGAGGUUGGGCCGGAUGCGGUCGUGGGCAUCGUGAUGGACAAUGCCGCAGUGUGCGCAGCUGCAGGACGCAUGAUCGAGGCCGAGUUCCCGCAUAUCUUCUCGAUUGGUUGCACUGCGUACAACAUCGACUUGAUGCUGGAGGCUUUCACGAAGAUCGGAUGGGUUGAUGCUGCAAUCAAGCGUGCGGUGGAAGUUGCGAAGUACUUCACGAAUCAUACACGGGUAAUGGAGACCUCGAAGGGCUUGCUCGGUCUCCUGAAGUUUGUGGAUGGCGACGGCCCCACAAUCAGCAAGAUCUAUGGCCGCAUGGACAACUUGGUGGAGAAACUCAGAGAGAACGAGGUCUUCACAGAAAUGGAGAAGGACGAGUUGGAGGCGAUCAUAAUGCGGCGCUGGAAUGCCAUGACAUCACCACUGCAUUGUGCAGCAAUGUUUUUGGACCCUGAGUUGAAAGCCAGCAAGCCGGAGCAAGAUCUGGAGGUUGCAGACGGGUUCUGGACGUGGGUAUACUCUUGGUGCAAGCGGCCGAUGUACAAGACGGUGGACGAGGAGGUCAACAAUUGGAUCGACGGUGUCGGGAAGUUCAGGUCCGAGAAGGCAAUUGAGGAAGCACGUGGGACGCAGCCUGCACGAUGGUGGAGAAAGUGGUGCAGCGAGCUGCCCCAUCUCCAAAGGCAAGCAAUCCGUUUGCUUAGCCAGGGGUCCUCCUCCUCCAGCUGUGAAAGAAACUGGAGCCUCUUCGAGCGCAUCCAUUCCCGCCCACGAAACGAGCUUGAAUCAGUCAAGCUCAGCACCUUGGUCUAUAACAGAUGGAAUCAGCAUCUGUUGAAGCAGUUGACCAAGAAGCCGAAGGCCGGCGAGGAUGACCUUUUGUGGGAGGAGAAUUUGGACCUCGAAAAGAAGGAGGUCGCUGCGGAUGCUGCAAUGCGCGUGGACGAAUGGCGCUCGCGUGUUCGCGAGCUGAAUGAGGGGUGGGAGGACAGUGACGAUGAUGAUGCUGAGGAGGAUGACGACGAUGAGGAUGCUGUCGAAGAGGAGGAGGAGAGAGAGAGAGGUACGGGGCAAAUGGUACGCACACGGAUUGAGAGCGAUCUCUUGGAGCUUGAGACACAGCUCAACGAGUCGUGGCAGAAAUCGACAAAGGCGUCGAAGUACUUGGCUCGGCUGCAUUUGGGGGAGUUGCAGCAGGCCAUGAAGACCAUGGGCGAUCCGCAUGCCGAUAAAUAUAUGGCUUCCCGUCCGAAGGCAUCUGCGUUGUCACCACAAACCGUCAAACGUGGACCGGGAAGACCUCAGAAGGUCGUGGAGGAAGCUGCUGCAAUGGAGGAGAGUGGUGGGGGGAAGGAGACUGCUGAGGAGGGGGGGGCAACAGCAAAACGACCACCAGGCAAACCACGAAAGGCCGUGGAGGAGACCAGUGCAACGGAGGAAAGUGGCAGGGCGGACGACAAUGCAGCGGAAGAGGAAGACUGCGAUUCUGAUGAACAGCCUCUUCAUUGCGGAAAGUGACGCAGGCAUUCAAACCAUUAAGGGGUAGUGGGGGCUGGAGCUGGUGUGCAGCAGUGUUUUUAACAGGACCGGUAGAUCUGUUGAUUCUGUUGUUGAACUUGUCGGUAACGCGAAUUUUGAGAACAGUUGAAGAUGUUAAAUGUUUGUUAAUCAUUUAUGAAAUUCAUUUUUGAAAUUGUGUAGUCCCGUGUGUGUGUGUUUGUGUGUGCAUGCGAGUCCGAAAUUCGUUUCUGAAAUUGUGCAGUCCCGUGUGUGUGUCUCUGUGUGCAUGCGAGUCCGCCGAAGUCCACUCAAAUGUCAAAUACUCAGCAGCAAACUCUUCAGCAACCAUAGAUGGAAACCAAUCAACAUGUUUCCAUGUG